AGUAUAAACAUAGAGAGCAGUGUAGAGGAAGGUCCAUUCUCCCGUAACUGUCCACGACUCCGUUGUAGCAGUCACAGUAAUGCAGUGGACAUUAGAAGCUGAGGACGGCCCUCGCCGAGUGAAUCAUGCUGCGGUUUCUGUACAGGAUCGAUAUGUCUUUAGUUUUGGAGGAUUUUAUUCUGGAGACGAGUACUCAAGCUUGGAAAAAAUGGACGUUCAUAUCUUCGAUCUUGACUUGCUGAAAUGGACCAAAUUAAAAACUCCCACCAUUGAGGAUGAUGAUUAUGACUUUGUACCAUUUAUGAGAUAUGGUCAUACAGCAUCUGUGAUUGGUGACAAGAUUUAUAUAUUUGGUGGUUGCAAUAAUCGAUAUGUAGCUUGCAACACAUUGUUUUGUUUUGAUACAACUACAUUCAGAUGGUCAACUCCGGAGGUUAGUGGUAGCAUCCCCCCUGCAUGCGAUGGUCAUUCAGCCUGUGUUAUUGGUGAGAAGAUUUAUCUCUUUGGAGGAUUUGAAGAAAGGGGAGGAUACCAUCUUCAGUCGGAAUGUUUCUCGAAAGAUGUGUACGUUCUGGAUGUAAAGACAAUGAAAUGGACACACCCUCAUGUUUUCGGCGAACCAGCAAGCUGGCGAGAUUUUCACACUGCAACCGCUGUUGGAAAAUACAUGUACAUCUUCGGCGGGCGAGGAGAUGUACUUGGUGAAAUUCAUUCAAAUCAGGAAAUAUAUGAUAAUCAAAUAAUCGUGUUUGACACAGAAACAUACACUUGGCAAUGGCUUGUAACAAAAGGAUUGUCACCCAUAGGACGUCGGAGUCAUACUGCUGUGUCGUAUGGCCGCUGUAUUUAUAUAUUUGGUGGUUAUAAUGGCUUGGAACAACAACAUUAUGGUGAUAUACUUAAAUUUGACACAGAUGCAAGACAAUGGAGCAAAGUUGUCGUUCCCGGCAAAUAUCCUUGUCCACGAAGAAGACACUGUUGUUGUUUGGUUGGAGGAAAAGCUGUCAUCUUUGGUGGAUCAAGUCCGUUUCAUGGGCAAGGCGCCCAAGGCGAAGAGGAGAACAGUCUUCAAGAUCAUAAUGAUUUAUAUGUUCUAGAUCUCAAUCCAACUCUAAAGAUGUUAUGUAAACUCGCUGUUGUUAAAUACAAGUUAUACAACGAGCUUCUUCCUCGUAUGCUGAAACGUGAAUUGGCCGUCAUGUUUCCAAAGACAUCCACUGGUCGCAUACACAGCCCGACAUUACUAUCGCAAGGUUAGAUGAAUCAGGGUUUCAUAAGAAUUCGCGUCAAUCUCGUUCAGGAGCCGUGCUCUUCAUUCUCCGUCGUACAGCGCCCGUUUUUCAAAUCGACACUCGACAGGGCGAUUUUAUCCAGGGAAAAGAGAAGAUACAUAAAUUUAUAAUAUUUUUAUAAAUCGCCAGAUUUCUUACAUACACGCUGGCUCGUGUUGUUCGAAAAUAGUCGAGAAGGAGUUUUUGUUGCGUUUUAUUAAGCUCUAAAUUAUAUUGGUUGUACUAUAUGAAACUAUAUUAAAUAGAUAAUUUUUUACCUAUGAAUUAUAAAUGAAGUUAUAUUUCUAAAUAAAG